AGAUAUUUGUAUAAUAUUUAUAAAGUGUGAAAGGUAAAGGUAUGUUUACAAAACAGUCAGAGGGUGUAAAUGUAAAUAUGGGCAGGCGUAUUACAUGGAGCGAGUGACCUGCGCAUGUGUGUGUUCCUCGAACGACGGUUGCAGGCGGAGCAAAAGGUUUUGGACCAGCCAUGGCCGAAAGUUUCCCGCUCGACGAGUUCCUCGACGUCGCCGUGGACGCCUCUAAAAUCGCUGGAGAGGUCAUCCGCGAGGCGUUCUACCAGACGAAACGCCCGGAGCACAAAGGGCAGGUGGAUUUGGUAACUGAAACUGAUAAGGCUUGUGAAGAACUUGUCUUCAACCACCUCAAACACAGUUUCCCUAAUCACAGGUUCAUUGGUGAAGAAACAUCUGCUGCUUUUGGUACCGAUGAGCUGACUGCUGAGCCCACAUGGAUUAUUGAUCCAAUUGAUGGCACCACUAAUUUUGUCCAUGGGUUCCCAUUUGUUUGCAUAUCUAUUGGCCUUACCAUCGAGAAGAUUCCUGUUCUCGGUGUUGUUUACAACCCAAUAAUGGGUGAGCUGUUUACUGGGGUCCUUGGGCAAGGUGCUUUCCUAAAUGGAGAUCCUAUAAAAGCUUCGUCUCAAACUCAACUUAUUUCUGCCCUUCUAGUGACAGAGGAUACUACCGAGCGUGAUAAACCUUCUGUUGAUGCAAUAACCAACAGAAUCAGUAAGUUGCUUUAUAAGGUGAGAUCUGUUAGGAUGAGUGGUUCCCUUGCAUUAGACCUUUGUGGUGUUGCGUGUGGGAGGCUUGAUCUAUGCUACCAUAUAGGAUUCGGUGGCCCAUGGGAUGUGGCAGCUGCUGCUGUAAUUAUUGGUGAAGCUGGAGGACUAGUCUUUGACCCGUCCGGUGGGGAUUUGGACAUCAUGUCUCGCAGAGUGGCAGCGUCAAAUGGCCAUCUGAAGGAUGCUUUGGUCGAUGCACUGAAGGGAUCCGCGUAGAACUCAAAACUAAAUCAUGCUACAACUGUUGUUACUGCGUUACCGAAGGUAUCUUUUAGUACUCGAUCAUGUCUAGAUACUGAAAGCUUGCAUCCCAAAUUGAGUAAUAUCUGCUCUGGAGUUGAUCUAUUAUUCUUAAUUUACAAUUAUAUGUGCAAUGCAUGUGCAAUGCAUGUGACUGAGGCCUGGGGGUUGAGGGACAAGAAGUGGCUGUGGUCAAAUUCUGAACUUCCACUUCUGCCCUCAUUUAGUUGCCCAAUUAAUGGGACAGCCUAUGCUGCUUGAUGGAAAGAAACAGGUAAGUUCCAGGGGCGAUAUGGGAACACGAUCCCUGAUCUGCUCGUAGUUAUCCUCAAUCCCCCAAUCUCGCCUGUGUUCGCCAGUGGUGGCUUCGGAUCGAUGGUGAUCCAGUCGACGGUGGUGGGAGCGAUUGUGGCGUACCGGAUCCACCUGGGCGUCGCUGCCGCCCUAGCCGCCGCGGCCAUCUCGCUCGCAAGCGUCGGCCCCAACUUCGCUACCGUGGCUGGCUUCUUCUGGCCCCUCCUCGUAUCCACUGUCGCUUUACUCGGCGCCGUCGCGAUCCUACUCCGGAUCUCGCCGCUCCCGCGGGAGGCCUACGGGGAGGGCCUUGUCGACUUCGUCGCCGGCUGCGCGGAGGUCUCUCAGCUUGCUGCGAGUGAGAGUUACCACCACGAGGGCGAUUCGGAGCCGUGUGAUGAAGAGGCGGAGGCGGAGGCGGAGGCGGAGCGCCCCAUGUAGCAGCGAGGGAGUCGGAGACGAUGAGGCAACCUUUCAGAUGCUCCGCAGGAACGGGUUAGUGUGCGUAAGACCGCAUACGUUUAGCGAUGAGAUUGGACGACGUGCGCCUUUACCAGAGGCGGCUGGAUCAGAGUCGAGCGUGUGUCAUGUAGAGUAAUUUAGCAGCGUUGCAGUCUAGGAGUAAAUUGUAAAGGCUUCAGUUUUAUAUUCCUACCGGGCAAAGAUUUAACACACUUCAAAGCACUUGAUUUUUGAA